UUGAGGACGCCCGGAGGCCGGGACUUCCGGCGUAGCGUAGACGCUGCCCGAAAGCUGCUGGUAGGAGUUGCCUGUAGGCCGAUGUCGGCGCUGCGGCACGUCGUGUGCGCCCUGUCUGGUGGCGUGGACAGCGCGGUGGCUGCGCUUCUGUUGCGGCGGAGAGGUUACCAGGUGACGGGGGUAUUUAUGAAGAACUGGGACUCGCUGGAUGAACAUGGUGUCUGUGCUGCUGACAAGGACUGUGAAGAUGCUUAUAAAGUCUGUCGGAUCUUAGACAUCCCUUUCCAUCAGGUGUCCUACGUGAAGGAGUACUGGAACGAGGUGUUCAGUGACUUUUUGAAUGAGUAUGAGAAAGGACGGACUCCCAACCCUGACAUCAUCUGCAAUAAGCACAUCAAGUUCAGUUGCUUUUAUCAUUAUGCUGUGGACAAUCUUGGAGCAGAUGCCGUUGCCACUGGCCACUAUGCAAGGACCUCGCUGGAGGAUGAAGAGGUCUUUGAGCAGAAGCAUACUAAGAGACCAGAUGGGCUGUUCAGAAAUCGAUUUGAAGUCAGAAAUCCCGUAAAACUUCUCCAAGCAGCUGACAGCUUUAAAGACCAGACCUUCUUUCUCAGCCAGGUUUCCCAGGAUGCCCUGAGAAGAACCAUCUUCCCCCUGGGGGAAUUAACAAAAGAGUUUGUAAAGAAAAUAGCUGCAGAGAAUAGACUCCAUCAUGUGCUUCAGAAGAAAGAGAGCAUGGGCAUCUGCUUCAUUGGUAAAAGAAACUUCGAGCAUUUCAUUCUUCAGUAUUUGCAGCCUCGGCCUGGAAAGUUUAUUUCUAUCGAGGAUAAUACGGUUCUGGGAACACAUAAAGGUUGGUUCCUGUAUACUUUGGGCCAGAGAGCUAAGAUCAGUGGCUUAAGAGAGCCCUGGUACGUGGUGGAGAAGGAUGGCACCAAGGGUGAUGUGCUUGUGGCUCCCCAGGUAGACCACCCAGCUCUGUACAGGGACCUGCUCAGGACCAACCGUGUACACUGGAUUGCUGAGGAACCACCUGCUGCCUUGGUCAGAGACAAGAUGAUGGAGUGCCAUUUCCGAUUCCGCCACCAGAUGGCACUAGUGCCCUGUGUGCUGACACUCAACCAGGAUGGCACCGUGUGGGUGACAGCUGUGAAGGCUGUGCGGGGCCUUGCCUUGGGACAGUUUGCUGUGUUCUACAAGGGUGAUGAAUGUCUUGGCAGUGGGAAAAUCCUACGAUUAGGGCCGUCUGCCUAUACACUCCAGAAGGGCAAGAACAGAACCAAAGUGGCUCCCGAGGUCUCCAGUGACAGCUCAGGCCUGCACCCCACACCCUGACAAAGGCCAAGCCGCUGGGACGAAGUUCUAGAGCAGUUUGGGGGCAGGUUGGUCAGUGAUGGGCUUGGUGCUGCCAGAAUCAGUAAGUAGACUGGUUGGCUGCAGAGCCAGGGCAGCGUGAGGAAGGAGCCAUGCGUCUCUGCACUGGUGCUGCAGUACACCAGAAGCAGUUGCUGGCUAGUCAGCCUCCAGGGCCCAGAUGGAGUUGCUCUUCCGCAGUGCUGUGCACUGAGGCUGCAUAGGAACAGCAUUAAAUAAAACCAUCUGCCAAAUAGUCUGACCACUGUGUCUGGGACCGGCUGGAGGCCUGAGUGAGCUGCUGUGGCUGUGCUCCUUCCACUGAGCCUCAGCUGUAGCUUCCCCUCCCUAGGGCUGAUUUCUCUCCAAAGGAAGGCAGCUAUCUGUAUUAGGCCACUCCUUGUCUAGAAGUGUGAUAUGUGUGAGGUAACCCUUUCCCUGCAGUGCCCACACCAAGUGGAAGCCAGUGUUUUCCUGUCAGUUUGGCCCUGGAUUGAAGUGUACAUUUGUGUCACUCCAGAAGGGCUCAAGCGUGUAAGGAAAACACAUGGGAAGAUGACCUUUAGUGGGGAGGUGUGCAUGCAGGUAGAGACCCGGGGAAAGGGCACCCACUACUCUGCUCCCAUUUUUCCCAAGGGUGGCACCACUGGGCAGAUGUGUGAGACAAUAUAGAGGUUAAAAGUCUGGAAACUCACCUUUUUGGACAGGAAUCAAGAUAAAGGUCCUAAGAGAUGAGGGCUGGAAGCAGCACUGCUAGGAAAUAGUGCUAGCCAGGUCGCUGCUACGUUAGGAUGAGGGUUUUAUCCAGGCCCAGACUCUAAAGAAUUCAAGAUGCCACUGGAGUUCUCAAAGCUGAGAGAAAGAUGACGGAUGGAACCCUAAGGUCAUUGAUCUGUACAGCACGAGGGAGGAGGGUAGAGCACCGAUCCGCCGUGCCUAGGAGAUGACGUGAAUGCAGAGCAGUAGACACAGCGAGGAACCAGAGCACUUGAAAUGUGAGCAGCAGUGUAGUCUCCGAGAGGAUGAGCGAGCAUCAUGACUAUUGCUAGUGCUCAGAUCUGCAGAACAAGAGAGGUUGGGGACCAGUAGCAGCACCACAGGGUCUAAUAGGUCCUUGUAGUGUUCCCAGAUUUGGAGACUGCCACAAGAUGGUGCUGUGGUUUAAAGUGCUUGCUGUGCAAUCAGGAGGCCCUGAGCUUGGACUCAGCACCACAUAAGCUGCUUGGCCUGCACAUGCCUGUGACCAUCUCUGGAAGGAGUAGAGACAGGACUAGUGGGGGUUUGCUGGCUUCCAGUUUAGCUGAAAAAAAAACAAAAGAAAAAACCCACAAACCCCAGGUUCAGGGAGAGACUGUGCCUCAUAGGUGGGAAGUGAUAGAAGACACCAGAUGCCCUUUUCUGGUCUCUGUCUCCUAGCUGGAAAGAUGACUCUGUGGUUAAGAAUACUGGCAGAGACAUCCAUGCACACUUUACAGAUCCUUAAGUUCUCGAAUUUGAUAAAGACACAGAGGCUGAAGAACUGGAAAACUUGGGCAAGUCCAUCCAUGUCGUGGCAGGCCUGCACAUGAAUAGAAAAUUAUGACAAUACCUGUCUGUCACCUGCACCCCACGAGAGCCUGAGGCCGUCUUCAGUAGUCCCUUCCAUGCCACCUUAGGGAACGGGAAACACGCAGCACAGCAUGGGUGCAAAUCCACAAACGUUAAUUUAUUAUAGCUGUGUCUGACCUGUGCUGUCACCCAGAGCCGGACAGUAAUAAAUACACUUGUUAAAACCUCCAGUGUCGAACCUGUAGUCUUAGGUCAUAAACAGUUUAAAACUGACAGCUUGGUUUGUUUUUGUAACAGUUAUGAUCAAAUUAAAAACUCCACCUUCUGGGGUGGCGUGGAGCUGCGGCAUUGGGAGCAAUCACAGUGCUCCAGCUCCUGGAGACUGAAGCUCCCUAUGCUUCAUUCUUUGUGUCCUUGCAUCCUCAGAGGCCUCCUGGGGCCUCCCUUCAGUCUCGUGGUAAUGAGUGACCUCAGACCACAUCAUGUGGGCUUUCCUCUGACACGAGUCAAUCAUUAGCAGUUCUGAUCUCUCAGCGUGGUGUGAAAGUCGUCGCAUUUGACGUCCUGGUUUCUCCAUUCACCAGCAGCUGUGCAGCGCAUGUCCACCUGAUUCCAACAGCAGUGAGUACUGAAGUGUGUCAGUAACUCUGGGCCCCAUCUCUUCUAGGGCUUGGCCGCAAGGUGGCUUGUGGCGGGCUGAUGAUCACAGUAGCCCUUGGUGUGAGUUUCCAAAAAGAAUUUGCUAACCAUUGAAAACUGGGACUGUGGCUUUGUUUCUCUGCACAAUUGGCCACUUAAAGCAAAGUGAUGUCAUUGGUCAGAUUUCGGGGGUGGAGCCCCUGCCUGCCCAGAGAGCUCUGGAGUUUGAAAGAGUAGAACAUUGGCAGGAAGGAAUGUGACAUCCUGAAAGACCUCGGGGGUCCCUCUGAAUCAGGAACUUGAUUCCUCUGAGAUCCUAUGGGGAGCAGGAGCAGGGACAAAAAUUCUCUCCCGCAGUACUGGGCUGACUGGGACGCUCCAGAGAAGCCCCACUGUAUCAGGAGUAGAGCUGGCACAAGGGUGUGGGAGUGGCAGAGUGCUGGGGAUUUCACCCUGAGUGAAACCAGCAGUGGCAGUCACACUUCACAGGCCAGCCCCAUCCUGGAUCCACGGAGUUGAGUGCACACAUUUGUGUGCUCUGAAGGCCAGCAGAACAUCACACUCCCCGCUUGCUGGAAGCAGUUGCUGGAGUUUGUGAUGACUUUAUCAACGUCAGCGCCCUGUCCUUCCCACCUGGGCACUGGGACCAGCUGUGUUGAUUCUUCCAGACGCAAGUACAACUGUGUAGGCCUCCUUGGGCAAUAUAUUGAGAUGCCAUUUCAUGGCUCUCCAGUGUAAGCAAAGUCAGGACAUUGUAAAAUAUACACAGGUUCCCAUCUUCUCCAAGUCCAGGACAGAUUUAUACAUAUUUACAACUUUAAACAGCAAUUUAAGACAUAGGGUACCUUUGCAGAGACUCAGGCUGGUGACUAUAGGCUUGUGCUGCGAGGAGAUGCCUGUGAGGAGAGCUGGGCUUUGGCCUGUGUCUGAACCCUGGCAGGCUGAAGGGCCUGGCAUAGUGAUUCACCAUGGCUAGCUUGGGCUCUGUGGCUUCUUGUCUAGGCCUCCUGUGGCCAGGUCAGCAGCAUAGUUUGGGUUCUGUCUGCAGUCUGAGGACGGAGCCGUGCCUGCCUAAAGUCCGUGUCUCCCUCUUGAGACAUGCCUGUGGCUUUGGCACUUGUCACAGAGUCUGAUGGGCCCUGAGCUUCCCAUCUGAACAUUCCGUGUAGAGUCAGCUGCUGUUGCAGGGACCCUCAUACUAAGGGCCUGUCUGCGUCAAGGUCCCAGGGCUUGACUGGCAGUCUGUAGGAUUGACUGUGCCUCAUGGUUUCCUGAUGGUUCAAAUUGAAGUUUCAUUACUGCCUCUGUGUGUGGGAAGAAUUGCCAGGCGUGUGGAGGGUCAGUGACGAUGGCAACUGGAUGGAAUCUAAAGUCAUUUAGGGGCGGGCAUUCCCAAUGAGGUGUGAGGGAAAGCCUGGGGGCUCUAGUGGCCCUGGAUGGGGAAAGCUGGUGGGCCCCACCCUCACAACACCCUGGAAUCCAGGCU